AACACACACACACACACAUGUUUGCUCCACAUUUGCUCACUGCUCACACCGAAUCAUUAAUAGUAAAUUUACAAAUAUGUGGGUGUAGUGAAAAGUUAUAAACAUAUAAAAACAAUGAAUAUUAGAAGAAAAAUACAAUUUAAAAUAGUUAGAGGUAUAAAUGUGUAUGAUUGAAUUUUAUUUAAUUAUAACUAGAAGAAAAUAAUCAUCAUGGAGGAGACAUUUUACAAUUCCACACCUCCAUCAUUUUCUAAAAUUGCUCCAGCAUAUUGGAAUUAUUCGGAUCAUGUUAUGUUGGAUGACAUUAAAGUCGAUAGCAAUUUUAUUUGGUUGCUUAUUUCAUUGGUGUUAGCAAUAAUUUGGGUUUCUUAUAUAACAUUUUAUAAUAGUCGAGUUAUCGGAUAUAUUAUAACAAGAUUGUUAAACCGAUUUGUGAUAAGAGAUGGUUACGUUAAAGUUGGAUCAUUUACAUUAUGUGCAUUAAGUGGAAAAAUAAUGUUUAGAGAUAUAGCUUACACUACGACUGAUUAUAGUUUAAGAAUUCAGGAUGGAUGGUUAAUAUUUCGAUGGUGGAGAAGCUACAUUCCAAAAGAUAUUUCCGAAGAUUUCUCGCACUCUGAUACACGUCUAUCCGUUUUGUUAAAUGGCUUUGAACUACAUGUUUAUAAUCGCUGUCAAAUGUAUGCACAAUUAGAGAAAGCUUUUGGCCUAACGCCGCAAAUGUUUCAAGACAUUGAAAUACAUAAUGUAAAUAUUGACGAUCGUGAUGCGGAAUCAAUAAGUAAUACAGCAAAUGAAACGCGACAACAAAUUAAUGCAAUGGACGUUUCACGGCACGUUGAUAAUAUAAGAAAACAAGAAGCUCACGUAAUUGCCAGAACGUGGCGUGAUCUUAUUCCAGUUAUUAAAUUAGAUAUUUGCACUGGCCGAUUAGUGUUUGGUAAUCGAUUAGUACCCACAACAUUAUCGAUAACAGUAGAGGAAGCACACUUUAUGUAUUCAACAAAACCAGCGGCAUCACGUCACGAUCAUUUUAUGCAUUUCACUAAAUGUAAAGCGGAAAAUUUCAAAGUUAUUUUAGCACCAAGUCCCAAAUACACGGGAAUGUUGGAUGAUCCCCCAAGAUAUAUGGGAGAGGGUUUUGUUGUUUUAAGUUCAAAUAAUAUUGAAUUCUAUUAUUAUAUGGAUGAACCUGGAUUUGUACCGGAUCAUCCGGAAAUGAUUCGAUUGGCAAAUGGAGAUAUGGUUGAGGCGAUGCCACCAAUUUGGGGAAUUGACAUUAAAUGCGGUAAAGGAACAGAUUUCAGUUAUGGUCCAUGGGCCGAUCGGCAAAGGGAACAUUUAUUUAAAUUCUUCUAUCCAAAUGAUUAUCAACAUUUAAAAGUUACAAAAUCUCCAAUACCAGGGGAAAAAAGACAAGUUCAAUCGUUUGAUAUUCGUUUGUCGACAUUAAAUGAAGCGACAAUUGAUAUAUUAUUUAGUAAAAAUCGUGAAACAAAUGCCGUUCACGUUAACGUUGGCGCUGGUUCAUAUUUGGAAAUAACAAUGCCAUGGAUUGUUUUACAAGAUGGUUUUACGACAAAAAUUACUGGACAAUUGUUACAUCUUGAGGCGACGACAAGUCUUCAAUAUCGUAGUUUAGUCGAAAGUGAAACAUUGGAAUUCAGUGUUAAAUGUCAUUAUCCAAUAAGAUGGAAUGAUCAUCAAGAGUGGUCAUUAAAUUUGACUGGUUGUAAAGCAACUGCGAAUCUAGUCUACUCGCACAAAGAAUUUUUUCAGGAUAUGAUUAACGAUUGGGCGAGUAAAGCAAGACCGGAUAUUUUACAUUUUGUGCCAUAUACUUGGAAAAUAAGUUUGAUAAUGAAAGAAUUUGAAGUGAUAACAAUAAGUAAUGAAUAUAAUUGGAUUGAUUGCUCAUCACAAAAUCAAGAGAAUGCACACAUUGCAUUUUGUGGUGAAUUCUUUGAUAUGUCAUUUGAUUUGCCAUUCACGGAUUAUCUACCAGUGACAAUACCAUUACGUUUUUGGCUUCAAGGCGAAAGUGUUGAUCUUGCUUUCUAUUUACCAGAGGUGAAUACAAAUCGUGUUGUUUUAUUGGCAUUGAAUAAAAAUGCAAAAAUUUUAACACGUGACGGUACAUGUAAACCAAUGUCAGAAUUAAAACGUGGUAAAAAAUGGAGAAACGUUUGUCAAAGUGGAUUAGGUUGGGUUGAUUGUUGGUCAGUGCCAAUAGCAGCUGUGAGUAUUAAUUAUAUUUAUCAUCCAUGUCCACCAUUGGGACCAACGCCACAAGCAAAUAUAACAACACCUGAGAAAGAGGAAAUUCUCCUCUCGCCAAUGCGUAUACCAAGAUGUCGAAAAUCACCAGGACUUCAUUGGACGCAGGAUGGAAAUCAAAAAUUUGAUCCACAAACAUUGACACCCGAUAAAGUGAGUCUUGAUCUUGAAAUUGGACCAUCGGUUCUUAUUUUAAAUGGAGCUCUAAUACGACAUUUUGUUCAUUUAAAAGAAAAUAUAUUUGGUGAUUAUCAAUCAUUUACGGAUAUGCAACAAACUCGAACUACCUCGACUACGGUAUCGGGUGAGAAAAAUAAAGAUAAAGACGCUCAAAAUAGUAGCGUAGAAGCAUCCGUUGAAGAAGAAGAAGCACGUGUAAAAGCAUUUGAUUCACGUGAUUAUCGUCCAUUGGAAGUUACUGUUGGCAUCACUAUACACGAUAUUCAAGCGCAUUUAGUGAAAAAUUGCAAUGACAAUGAUCCACCGUGUCCUAUUAUUUUAUUGGAACGUUUUGGAUUUGAAAUGAAAAAAGGCUAUAAGGAAACGCAACUUCAAUUAUUACUUUCACCGGCAAUAAUGCUCCUUACUGAUAAUGUUACAAGACCCAAUAAAGAACGACAUUUAAAUCAAGGACAUUUAAUGCUCAGCGCAUUACAAGUGAGAGGACACGCAAUGUUUAGUAGCGAGGGUCGAACAUUAGAUCAAGAAACAUUGGAAUACGCCUGGAUGAUUGAGGUACAAUUGGGAAAAUUGAGUGGCAAAAUUACAUCACCACAAUUACAUCAUUUAAUUACAUCGCUAGAAACUUUUCUUCUAAUGGCAAAAAAUUCGGAAAAUAGUUUACGACCACCCGAUCUUCCUCAUCAUUGUCAUCAUGGUCUUCCACCAUUACAAUGUCCUGAUAGUAAUCCAGACAAUCAUUAUCGUUGUCCAAGUUCUGAGGAUAUCAAAUAUAGAAUGACGAGGGUCUCAAUAGACGCCUUGGAUCUCUAUCUUCAGGAAUCGGGAACAGCGACACAAUUUUGGAUUUCGCCUAUUCGUGUCUCAACGUGUAAUUUACAUGGACAGCAGGUCAAAUCGGGAGUGACUGGUGUUUUACCCACAGUAUUAAUUCGUCAAUUUGUUUCAGCGUCUGGUCAUUUUGCUAAUACAAGUAAUACAAAUACAACAGGCAGUGGUAGAUCGCAUAAUAACGCAAGCAGCAGAAUGUCAGGAGAUGGAUCCGAUAUUUGGCUUGAAGUCGGAUCAGUAUCAUUGGGUCCAGUUGUUAUCGAAGCUGCAAUUUCACUUCCAACUCCCGAGCAUAAUCUUCAUUUGGUACAAAAUAAAUAUUUGAGAACACAUGACGAAUCGACAAAACGUCUUUGGUUUCUUUGGCCUCAGGAAAGUGGUGUUAAACCAACAAAAUGUGGAUGCAUUGGCGGUUGUGUUUUCUUUGGUAACAAUAAAAAUGGACAGAAAUUCUUUAAACCAAGUUAUCAUGAUCUUCACGAUGGAAUUAAUAUAGCAGCCUAUCGAAUUUACGAAGCUGGAAAGGAUAAAGGAUUUGGUCAAUCAAUAUUGCACGAGGGACAAUUAGUUUUCCACACGCCUCCCUAUAGUUUACAGGAUGUUACACUUCAGGAUGUUUGUCAUACUUCGUCAAAUUUAAAAGUACCCGGACAAGAUUCAUCGAAAAUUUGUGUGGAAAGAUCAAGAUCCGUUAUUGAUCACAAUAAAGAUUCAAAUGAUGAAAGUGCAAGUAUGAAAUUAAGUGCAACAUCUGCAAGUCCUCUCACUGGUAGUUGUGAUAGAAAAUCACUGGGUCGACGUUUUUCUUACACUUCCAACAGGGGAUCAAAUAUAAGGGACGUUCCAUAUUCCCGAUUAGUUGAUGCAAGUCCAAUUAGUCAAUUGCCACAAAAAUUGGAUUCGGAUUCAAUUCUAAAUACCGAACGCAGUAAAUCAAUUCUCAAUGUUCCGGAAAUUGAGACAGCGCCAAAAAGCAGUGUCUCUGAUUCAAAACUUGCUGUCGAUUAUUUUAGUGUACAAGAAAGUGAAUCAUUUCAACAGACUAGUCCACAAUCAUGGAAAAUUAUUACAACAGAACCAAGUCCAAUAUCAACACAAUUCAAAGGAACUGAAUCAAUUGUCAAUGUUUCUGAUUCACAUCAUUCACUUUCAGCUAAAUCAGAUUCAGAUGAAAGACUAAAGCAAGAGGUUCAACGUACAGUGUCAAUGUCAUCGGAGAAUCAUUCGGAGGCAUUUUAUUCGGCUGAUGAAGAUACAAGUCAUGGUCUUGGUGGAAGUCGUACACCAAGUUUACGUCAAUCAAUUAUUGGUUCGGGUCCAAUUUUAACACGUAACGAUAGUAUGAAAAAGAAAUUCUCCUCUGAUUUAUCAAUUGUUGAAAGUUCAGCGAAUGUGAAUUUUAUAACAAGUGAAAAAGCACACACAUUAGAGAGAGCAAAACCACAAUCGUUAAAUGCAAGAAAAAGUCCUCGUUUACCUGGUAAUAUGACAACAUUUCAUAGAGAUGUUGAACCAAAUGAAAAUGGUCUUCUUCACGAUUCAUCUGAUAGUCAUUCGGUAUCAUCGACAAGUUUCAUAUCGGCAGUAUCGUCACAGGAGGAUAUGACAUUGGUUAAUUUACAUAUGCAGGUUAAUAAACCAAUUGUUGAUUCACCAUUGUUGAUGUCAAGUUAUGUGAGUCAUUUAACGCAAGUACGUUGCUGUAAUUGGAGUCAAUCAUCAUUGCCAAGUGGUGGUGGUGAUGCUUUUACAACGCCAUUAUUUCAACCAACUGAAGAUGGAAGAUUAGUAUACGUUGGUGGUCGUUAUGUUCCAAAAUAUGAGACAUUAACCGAGGGAUUUACAACAUUAAAAAUGAUCACACGAAUUGAUGGUUCACCAAAAGCGUGCUCAUCAAAUAAAACACCAACACAUCCCUAUGUUUGGGAUAGCGCGACAUUAAUUAGUUCCGAAGGUGAGGAUGAUAAUGCCACACAUGAUGAGGAAGAACUUCUUGCAAUGCAACAUGAAACUGGAUCACGAACAACAGUUAUUGUGAAAUUAAAAGGCGAUCUUGAUAUAAUGAUAAGUCCAAUGGUUCUUGAAUCACUUCAACGAUUUAUUGAUGCAAUAACACCGACACUUGCCACUUUGCAUCCACUAACAAUUAUUAAUCACGUGCAUAAUGAAUGUAUCGGUAAAGUUGAGGAUGCAAAUAUUUUGAAACAAGAUCAAACACUUUCUUAUUGGAGUCAAGUGCAAACAAGCUCAAAACGAUCAACUGCUGAAAGAAAUGUAAAAAGUGAUAAUGGAAAAAUUGCUUUACAAACAAGUGUCUAUGAAGAAAGUAUAACAACACAAAUUCAAGGUAGUAUAACAUUGCCAAAAAUUAAUAUCACAUUACUUCAAGCAUCAGUGGUUGAGGAAAUUAUUUCAUUCUCAGCGCUUGACAAUAUUCGUGAUCUCACUUGUGUUUCAUUGUUUGCAAUUUGUUUUGAUGAAGUUACAGCGAGAUUUUAUCUUGGUAAACAAGCACGCGAAGUGGUGCAAACAUUUCAUAAACCCGCUGUUUUGCCUAAUCAAAAAAAAGUGAAUAAAAUAACAAAAGCAUUUUUACCGGGUCAUAGAACAGCGGCUGUUGUUGCCGAUAUUGGUGGCGGUGAAACUGUUUAUAUUGAAACAUCAGAAAAACAACAGGAGGAAAUUAUUGUCACAUUAAAUAUUGGUAAAGUACAUUCACAAUUACGUAGAUUGAGAAAUGAAUCGUCAAUUUUAAAAGAUGCUGUUAUCACCGCAAUACCUGGACAACAUUCAAAAGUUUUAUUCACCUGUACGAGAAUUUCAUCGCCUUUAAAAUGCGUUGAUUAUUAUCUUCAACAGCCAUCGGAGGAAAAAGAAAAACCAGGGGCAACUGAGGAAUUUACCAUUGGAACUGGAGAAGAUAGACUUGGAUUUAUAAUGUUCGAAUGUGGAUUUGAAGGUAUUAAGCUAAAAGUUGCUAAGAGAUCGCAAUUCGAAAAAGGCGAGAACGGAAGCGAUGAGAAGAAAAUUGAAACGGAAAUAUUGUACAAUGAUAGUGUUAAGAGUCAAGAUGAAUUGGAUAAUUCUACUCCUUUAAACGCGGAAAUGAAUGAUACAGAUCAGCCAACAACGCCAAAUACAGCUCAAGUGAAUAAUAGUGCGACUAGUAAUAAUCUCGUCGCAAAAACAACAAAUGGAAAUACUGUUUCUUGUGUGAUUGAAUUAAAGACAGUGUGGUUUAAUUUUGCCGCACCUCCACGUACGCCAAUAACAAGAAAAAUUGAUUUUACAAGAUUAGAUUGGAAUUUACUUAGUACAGCAUCGCCAGCAAUAAAUGCCUGGAUGAAUCCAAGUAAUCGAUUUGCAAUUCAAAUUAUUAAUAUGUUUCGAGCAAUGUAUAGAAGAUCGACAGCUGUUGUUGCUUGUUUAAUGGCUGAAGCUUUAGAUAUUCAAGGAAUUCAUAUGCCAGCGAAGAGUCGAUAUGGAAGACUCACGCCACUUGCCAAAACUCUUCAAGAGGAUCCGUCUUGUCAAUUAUGUAGCGUUUUACAAAGUUACGUAAUACUCACCGACAUUUUUAUGAUUGAAGAGAAUCUUCACGAAGUCGAUUUGCCUCUUUUAUCAACCCUUCGUCAGGGCGUAAUUGUUUUGAGCCGACAAUGGAAAAACGUACUUUAUACACCAUUGUUACUGGAACAUAAUUAUAAAACAAAACAUGUUAAACCUCUUAAUGUCACUUUUGCUGUUUCCGAUCCUGAUGAGGAAAAUUUACUCACGGACGGUGAAGGUAGUGCAGGAGACGUUGACGAUCAGGAAGUCACUGACGAAUGUGCUAUGCUGAUCCAUACCGACAACUUGCACAAGCAAAGCCACGCAAAAAGUGGAAACGAUAAAGCCUCAGGUGUUUGUGGUGAUGGUUUGACGGUUCCGGUAAGCUCUCCUCGCGGGAGAGAUACCACUCCUUUAUCAACACCGGUACCAGGACCGGAUUCACUAACCUCUCCCUCUCCACCAGUAGCUCUUUCAAAAAAAGGAAGAUCACUCCAGCCCACACAAGUGCCUGUUAGUACUCGUGCCAGUAUUGUCUUUCCAUUGCUUGCAAGUGGAGGAUUAUUUAAUCAACCAAAAGAACCUAACAUCAGCUACGGAACAUUGCGAGAAGAGAAAACACCGCAAAUUUAUGUUUCACAUUCACAUCAACUUGGAUCAAAUCCAAGUAUUUAUUCCGGUGGAGGAGGACAUGGAAGUCAACACAGUACUGGAAGUUUGGAUCAAAUUACAUCGCCAACUGGUUAUCAUUCACGAGGUCCAGUUAAUGCCGGUGAAGACUUGUAUAGUUGGAUGGCGAAACAACAGGAAUUUAUCAAGGAGAAUGAUAAGAGUCACUUGAAAGGAAAUUGGGUCUUUCGGACCGAGCAAAAAAAUGUUAAGGACUCAAAAAUUAAUACAAUGACAACUGACGAUACUGAAGAUUCUGAUGUUCAAAGCCGGCCAUUUCUUUAUCCAAUGAAAGAUUCUCUAAGACUAUUGGAUGCUCAUUUAAUUUUCGAACCACUUUUAUCGUCAUUAUCUGUGAUGCCACAACAAAUGCUGUCGGCAAUUGGAUCCAGUAAUUUAAAUAAUGUUUCAUCGUUAGAUUCAUUAGGUUCAAAUUUGUCUCUUGUCGGUAGCAUGGAGACAAUGAGAAUUGAUAUUAUUGUCAGUGAAUUUGGUAAAAUUACCGAUAAAAAGAAAGGAAACAAAUAUCCAACAAAAAAAGGUGGAACCAAAUUUCAUUUAGACAUACCGCCAGAGACACCGGCAUUUUUGUGUGAAAAAAUCGGUAUCGAUGUGGAUAUUAAAAAAAUGGCCGAUAUGGCUGUUGACGAUAUGAUACAGAAGCAGAAUAUUUUAUAUAUUUCACGUGGUCAAUUAAAAAAGCACACAAGUACGAUUGUUAAUUUUAGUUUAAAUAUUCGUUAUAUUAGUCAACAAGUGAAUAUGCCACUUUUGAGAUUGUUGCAUCAAAUCAGUAAUAUGUAUCAAAAUUUCAAAGAAACACAAUUAGAACUAAAGGAACAACAGCCUGAAAUCAAGAGAAAUAAUAAUUUAACCGUUCAUAAUGCUCCAACAAAAAAUGGAUCAUCAUCGACAUCCGAUUUACAUGAACAACUUUUAGUUGGUGGUAAAAAAUCCGAUGAGCCAUUAAAUCAGAAUAAUUUUGAUACACAACAAAAAGUGACAUCACCAUCGUCAAGUAUACGAUCAAGACCACAAAGUUUUGCGCAAAAAUUACGAAGCACAGGAAAAAGUGUCAAAGGCUAUAUUAAUUUAAGUGAAGGUGUAAUAACACCAAAUUUCGGUGUCAGUCCAAAUGGUUCGGGUCUCGAUAAAUUCAGUAUUAUUUCGGAAAAAUGUAAAGACUCAUCAAAAUUAGCGCCACGUUGUUGGAAAACAAUUUACUAUCUUCUUGAUUUAUAUGCAACAAAACCUGAAACAAAAACUGUUGCACAUCGUUUUUCCGUACCAGCUGAUAAUGCGGAAAAUUAUAAUAAGAGUGGUAAAAAAUAUGAGGCAUUAAACGAAACAAAAGACACGGAUAUUGAGAAGGGAAUUAAUGCCGAGAGUAGUUCGACGCCAAUUCCACCGCAACGAGAACUGAAUUUAGUGACUGGAGAACGUACAAGAUUGAUAAUAUUUGGAGUGGCGAGAAUUCAUCGAACACGAUUAUUGGCGACAUUAAGUGGUUUAAAACUCGAAGCGGAAAUAACGAGUUUACACGCAAGUUUAACGUGUCGAAAAAAAUCACGACCAGCGAGUCUUGAAUGUAGUUUAACGGGACAAAUUGGACGAACGAUGAUUGUUUUAUUGGAAGGUGUUGCUCCAAGUCAACAGACAGUGGUUAAAGUCACUGUGGGAAAAUCACAAGCUUUAUAUUCAAGUGUUACCAGAAAACAAAAGGAUAAAAAUAGCGGUUUAUUAACUGUUGGCGCUGUUAAUAUUGACAUUCCACAGCAUCCGGUAGCAUUGCAUGGAAUGAUGACCAGGGGUAGUAAACAAUUAUCUUCCACCCUACAGGAAUUGAGAGUAACACGAGCGUCAUCGAGACUUUCGCGUGGACAACAACAGGAGGAGGCUGACGGUGCACCAGGAAGUCCACAUCAAUAUCCACCGGCACCAACAAUAGAUGUUGAGAAGCCACAACAUGUCUCGGGAUUAUUGGAGCCAAUUGUUAUGCAAUUUCAUCUUAUUUUACAAAGUCUCAGUAUCACCGCUGCCUUAUUGCCAUCACUUCAAGCACAAUAUAAAAUGGAUCAAGUCACUAGUUCUGGUAUAACUGGUAGUAAGGCUAAAUUUACUAUUGAUUUACCACAACAUAGUUUGAGUUUCACUACUAAAUUACAAGUGACCGAGGCAAAUUUACCAUCGGAAGCGAGUAUUGAACUUCCAAAAGUUCAUGUUUCCGCUGAAUAUAUUCAAGACGGAGGUAGCAGUUUAAAUGACAGUAAACUUGCCGAUGGUGUUGUUUUGAGACAGGGAAGCUAUUUGAGCGCAAAGGCAGAUAUUGGAGUAUUUGAACAUUCAUUAUCAACUGAUUUAUUGAAUCAUUUGGUAUUUGUGCAAAAAGUAUUUAUGAGAGAAGUAAAUGAAGUCGUGCAAAAAGUUUACGGAGGGGAAAAACCUGUGCCCCUGUGGCUUGAGGACGAAGAACCCGCAUCAACUUCUUCUUCGCUGAAACGAUUCCUAUUCACUUUAAUUAUACGAAUCAAAAGAAUCCAAUUAACAGCAACGACACCAACAAAUUCGGCAGUGCGACUUGAAACAGGUGCCGUUGAAUUACAACUAUCGAAUCGAGUGCAAAAUGUAUCUGGUUCAACGCAUAUGAAAUUAUUUGGUAAAGCACAAGUUGAUAUAAAUUUAAGUUUAGGACAAUUGUUGAAAAAUGUCAUGUUCGAGGAAGCGGAACCGGAAUUUCAACAAUUUGCAUUUUUUAAUACACGUGUUGGUCUACGCAAUGCAUUUCAGGAGGAAAUGGCUGAGGAUGAAGCAAAAGAAGUUGUAUUAAUAACAUUGAAACGUCCAUUAAUUUAUAUACAACCAAUUGCUGUUGAUAAAGCAGUUUUAGUUUGGUUAAAUUAUAAAAAUGCCUAUGAAUAUUGGAAUGAAAAAAGAUCGAAUUUAAAUAAAGAAGUAUUAACGGCAACGCAACAAGUUUUUGAAAAAGUUCCAUUUGGCCAAUUAACAAGUCAAUUGAGUGCACCAAAUUUAGGGACAUUAUUUUUACAAUUAACUGUCGAUGAUAUGGGAAUUUGCAUUCCAUUAAAUUCACUGCCACCAAAUAAUUGGGGAAUGAGUCGUGGACUUUAUGAUGGUGAAUCACGUGGCGCUGUUGUUAUUACAUUAGAAAAUACAAGUAUUUCAGCAUGUAGCAGUGGAAGUCUCGUUAGUAAAGGACGAUUUGUUGGUCUUUGUCUGAGAUUUGCAGAAGAUUUUGAAACAUCUUUAGAUGAUUGGAAACCAGAUAUGACGGAUAAUAAUGUAAUGAAUCUUUGUGUUGUUUCUGAAGGGACUUAUGAAGUUUGCAGUCGAACUAUUGCACAAAAACAAGAUAAAUCCGAUAAUGCAAAAUGGUUAUUAAAUGUACAAUGGCAAAUGGAAGGUGUUGAUAUUCAUUUGGAUGUGAGUGUAGGUAAACAAUUAUCAGCAUUGGGUCACACUUUAACGAUGUUGACAGGCUUUGAAGAAGACGAUCCUCAUGUUUCAUUGGAUUAUGACAGUGACGAUGGAGAUCAACCAAACAAUAGCACGAGCCAGGUUAAGAAAAAAGAAAGCAUUUUAAUGAAAAAAUCGAAAAAUUGGACAGACAGCUUACCGGCAUUUGUGUUUGAUCCGUCACUUGACGCGAAGAAACGAUCAAAAUUAAUUGAAAAAGAAAUGAACGAGCAAGCAAAAAUUAUAAAUGAUCUACGAUCGUUGGGCGCUUCUCAUGGAACAAUUGAACAGGAAAUGAAACGUUUACACGAACUCGAAGCCAUGGUUUUCAAAGAUUUCCGAAGGGACAUGAUUCAAAGAUUGAGAAGACAGUCUGUUAAAGCAUCGGGAAUAAAGGGGAAACUUGGUUUGGGAAGUAAAUCAAAUGCAUAUCGUUCACGAUCAUUUAUCGUUCCAUCACCAACUCCAGAACAUCAAGUUGAAAGUCCAGAAGAUUUAAAUGCUGAUAUAAAUUCCGCAAAUUCUGCAAGUUAUGAAAGUAGUCCCAGAAGUGGUCCAAGUCGAUCUGCAUCGUUGAGAGUUAAAGGACUCAGUGGACCACGUGUGACAUUCAGUGAUACACAUACAAUGUGCAGGCAAUCUUCAUUGCCAAGUGCAGGCUCAGAAUUAAGUUUACCCGAAGGGGAACUUAAUUGGCCCGAUACUAUUGAAAUUGAAGGUGAACAAGUUGAAUUAAGAAAAAAACAUCGUGACAUGAGUGUUACAUCGAGUUACGAUAGUAUGGAAGGAAAUGCGCCACUUCUUGAUUCAUUUGGAAAGGAACAAACAUCAACGACAUCAUCGCCACAUAUCGUACCACAAAAGCCUCAGGAGCCUAAUAUAGAUUUUGAACUCGAUGUUAAAGUUUUAAUUAAUAGCGGAAAAUGCGUUUUACAUACUAAAGAUCCAAAGGAGGACGAACUCAAAUUAUUAACGAGAAUGAAAAAAGAACGUUCUUGCUCUGGUGGUACAUUUGAAUUCCAGCCAAGUAGUCCCAGUAGUAGUAGAAAGCAUCUAAGCAGUAAAGAUAAAUCAGCAACUACAAGUUCAGCGAGAUUAAGAUUCGUUCAUCAUGCGAGCGUGCCUUUAGUAGAUUUGACCAUUUUUCACAUUCCAGGAUUAGAUGUUAAGAUACAUUAUGAGUCAAAAACACUUCCUGAAGAACCAAUUUCACCGCGAAUUGCAACUGAUCAAAAUAUAUUAAAUCCUUUGACGUCGAAUUUAUUGAAAAAAUCAAGCACAAAGAAAGCCAGUCUUUUUGCAUGGAUGACACUACAAAGUAUACCCGAAGAAACAAUUAUUAGUCCGCAUAUUCUUGAAUUUCUUGAACAAACACUUGAGCCAAUUCCAAGUAAAACGUCAUUUCACAGUGGUGGACAAACAAAUGCAAUGUUUCCCCUUGAAAAUAUGGAUAGUUCCUCGUGGGCCGUUUCUGCUGCAAGUGGAAAUUAUGUUUAUUCUAGUUUUCCAGUCGAUGUGAUUGUUUAUUUUCACAUGCAGCCCUCCACUUUUAGAUUUUCAUGUUUGCCGGUAUCGAGAGUGGAGUGUAUGUUACAAUUACCAUCGCUUGACAUUGUUUUUUCCUCGAAACGAGCUGAGGAAGAAUUGACUGAAUUCAAAGAAUACAAGACAAAUAAUAAUAAUGCGCAAUCAAUGGGAAAGGAGGCUGGUUCAGCGACUGGUGGAUUAUCAGUGACUGGUUGUCUUGCUGAUUUUUCCGUUUAUAUAUUUCACCCCUAUGGUGGUGGUAAAAAAUCAGGAUUAAAAGAGGCCCAAUGGUCACCAUUGUCCGAUAGCGAACGUAAAGACUCACUCAGUAUUAAUGUAGAAUUUGUGAAAUUUCAUUUGUCAAGAAGUCGUAAACUCAAUUUUCCCAAUGAGCAAUUGAAGAAAAUUGAUUCCAGCCGAGCCGUUAUUCGUUUUUCAACUAUUGUUGAUAUUGGUUCAGCGUCGUUUAAAUACGAUAUGCGUCGUUUAACGGAAAUUCUUGCUUUUCCAAAAGCAUGGUAUCGUCGUAGUAUUGUUCGACGUUUAUUUUUGGGCGAUUUAAGUAGCAGUGCAGCAUAUUCCGAAGGUGAUGGUACACCGCCUUUAAAUCAAGAGGAGGCUGUUAUGGGAAGUUCAUUGUUAAAACAUCACGAGAGACAUGGUGCAGAUAUACUUUCAAAAAGUGCUCCCGAACGUAGUCCAACUUUAAAUCGAGAUAAAUUAAGACUGAGUCUUGAAAAUGAUAUACCAAAACAUGCGCGGCUAAAAGAUAUUGGAAGAGGUUGGAGUUUUACUGCCGAGAAACAAGCGCCAUCAGAAGUGAAAAUGAGAGAAUCAGCAUGGGAAACAUUGGUUUUGUUUGCAAUUAAUUUUACACGCUUGAAUGUUCAUAUGAAUAUGGGUAACGUUAUGGGUAAUGUUUCUUGGAUGACAAAAGAUUUUCGUUCUGAUGGAAGAUUAUCGAUUGGAAGUACAGGACAUAAAAAUUUGUACAUUGGCGUUGGACUAGGUGGUUCGAGUUUAGAUGCAAAAGGCGGAAUUGUCGGUGGUAUUAUCGAACUGAGUAAAAUUGACACAUACAUACACAUUCGAGAAGAACCGGGAAUUGAACCCGAUCAUACAGUUGGUUUAAAGCUUUUUGCAUUGGAAUUGCGUCUUGAUUAUAUGGGAACGAGUGUUUUAAUGAGCCGUGUUUCUUCUCUUGACGUCACACUUAGGGAUGAAUGGAAAAUUAAUAGAAAUAAUAAAGAGGACGCUUUUAUGCCAACAAGAAGGCCAGCAAUUAUUUUCAUGCACGGCGAUUUAGGUUGGGAUCAAUUACAAAUAAUGAUCAGUAAAUCAACAACUGCUGAUCUCUUGAAAAUGUUUUAUAAAUUAGAUGAAUUUUUCAGUCAACAAUUUAAGAGUAGUAAACGAGUGUUUAGUUCAUUGCAACCACGACAUCAAAGAGUUAGCAACAGUAGCUUUAAGAAGAAGCAACAAAAGAAAAAAUCAACUACCGAAAGUAAAAAUCUUUUGGAAAUAUUUGAAAUGAUUUUCGGUCCGUGGACGAUGAAUCAGACGGCAAUUUCAGAUGCACGACAUCAUCGUCAUUGGCAACGUGUUUUGGCUCAAGUGGCUGGCCUUCAAUUAGGAAGUUUAAAAUUUUCUUUACCAUCAAAUGGAACCGUUCUUGGUGGUACAAUGGAAUUACAUGGAUCCAAUAUCAGUCUUGCUUGUUUUCAUGGGAUUAAUUUCAAAAGUAAAAAUUGGGCUCUUUUUUCCAUGAAGGAACCGUGUAUUAGUUUUGCCACUGAAGCUCAAGAAAUACCGAAUGUCGAAUCGCCAAAUACAUGUGACGUUCAUAUAGUUCAAACUUUAACGAUAAGCUUGGGUCAACAGCAAGAACAACACGCUAGACAUCAUUCAAUGGCAACAGUUUGUAGGCUCAGUAGAAGCGUUUUAUUUCCACCACAAUUUAAAACAUUACAGGAAUGGUUUCAUUAUGCGUUCGCGAGCAGUGAGAUCGAUGCUGUGGAUCGAUUCCCGUGUGUUGAACGUGAAAGAACGGACAGUACAUCAGAAAGUACGAAUCCAAUUCGUGGAAGAAGUACAUCAACUGCUUCUGGCAAAUUACAGGAACAUUCACACACAAGGGAAGUGAUAUUUGCUCUACCCUCAUUGCAAUUGCACUUAAAAACAGAACAUUUACAAAGUGCAAAUACACCCGAUGUUAUUGGACUGCCUAAACAUAUUUUAUAUAGUGAAAAGCCACUGGUGGAAUGCAGUUUUAUUACCGAAUUUGAGGAUCAUAUUUUCGUUACUGUUGAUGCUGAAGCCUUUUUCUUUUUACAUGAUCUUGUUACUUCUUAUGUGAAAGAAAAAGAACGAGUGAAUUAUGGAGCAAGAGCACAUAGUCCUGAGGCGCAAGAAAAGAAAAGUACAACUACAAAUACAAGUACAUCGAGUGCGUCUACAAAUUCUGAAGAUGAGAAGAAACGAAAACAAUAUGAUCCUACCGAGAUGUUUGUAAAAGAUUGGCGAUCGUACAGAUGUAAAACAUGGCAUCUCGAGCCCACUGUUCGAUUACUUUCAUGGGCCGGCAAAAGUAUCGAACCAUAUGGAAUCGAUUAUAUUCUACAAAAAUUGGGUUUCUCUCAUGCACGAACGACAAUUCCAAAAUGGAUUCAAAGAGGAUAUAUGGAUCCAAUGGAUAAAGUUCUCGCUGUUCUUAUGCUACGAAUGGUUUUGGCAAUACGCGAAGAACCCAUCGAGGACAAAGAGCACAAAAAAGAAAAAUCGUGAACCUAUCAAUAAGGAUCUCAAAUAAAAAAAAAAAGUAUACAGAAGAGGAGAAGAAAAAAAAGUCUGUAUGAUAUUCAUUUUUGUGAUAUAACGUCCAAAUUUUCAAAAAAAAAGAAAACUAGUCUCUUAAAAAAAAAUUGCUUCAUAAAGAGUCAUAAAUAGAAAUCAACGACUGUGAAGCUUCGAUUCACAUAUACAUAUAUAUUUAGUGUUCAAUAUUUAUAAUUAAAUAUAAAUAUAUAUAUAUUAUAAUUAUAUACCGAGAAGAAUAGACGAGAAAAAAAAAGAAAUAUAUAUAUUAAUAUCAUCGAAAAAGUGAUAAAUAUUGAUCUAAUAUUGGAAAAGGCAUCGUAGUUAGCCAUUCCUGAGGAAUAAUGACGAAAUAAAAAAUCGUCGAUCUUUCUCGUGAUGCAAUUGCGUUUUAGAUGAAUGUGAUAUGUUACAGUGCAAAUUUCAUAUUUCUAGCGGUAUAUAUAUAUAUAUAUAUGUGUGUGUAUAAUUCGAGUAUAUGCAUAUAUGUGAUUUAUGAAUGAACCUAAAAUGAAUGUCGAAGCAAAAUAAUAAAACCACCCAAAUGUGGUUCACCGUGUCUUUAUCAUAUUUUACUCUAAGUGUCACAAAAGUAAUUAGUACAUUAUUGUAUAUGUAUAUAUAAUCGGUGGAAAGAGAAUUUAAUCCCUAAACUAAAAAAAAACAAAAUCAGAAAUUUUUCGAUUUUCCGGAAUUUUCUCUUUUUAAAAAGGAAAUUAAUUUUGAUUUAUUAUUCAAUUUUUAUUUUGUUUAUUAUUCGGAUAAUCGUAAAAUGAAGAUUUAUAGAAAAGAAAACACUUUGUUGUAACGUGUAAUUAACUGUUCUUUUGGUAAAAAUAAUUUUUUUAACGUGCCUCGUUUUUAUACACAAAAAAAAAAACAAAAUAGUUAAUUGUGAAACGACAAAAAAAUCUUUUUAUCUAUAGAAUAAUUAUUCGUUACAUAAAAACUGCACUUUGUAAAGAAAAAAAAAAAAAUUAAUAAUGGUGCUACGGUUUAUACAUAGGACAUCGAAUUAUUUAUAUUUGUUUAUUUUAAUCCUAUAUACAUAUAUAUAUAUAGGUAUGACAGCAUAUCAAUAAGUAGUGAAUGAUUUUUCCAGUUAAAAAAAAAGAGAAUAAGAUUUUCCUUAAAUAGCUUUUGCAUUCUUAGCGCAAAUAAUAAUUGUGUUCGAAAACACAUUUUUUUCGAAAAACAAAAAGACAUUCACGUGUGUAUUCAUAAUAUUGAAACUUUCUUUCCAAUACUCAAAUUAUUUCUCAUUUUAACAUAAAAAUAUAUUGUUUUUUUUAACAAUUAUUAUCAGGAAAAAUGUACCGUUUUUGUUUCAUUGAGAAAUAAUUAAUUUUAAAUUGUUAUUAUUAAUUUAUUUGAACCAUUUUGUUCAAAAUAAGCAAAAACACAUUAGAUUUACAAAAUGAAAAUUUUUGAUUAGUUUUAAUUUAAAUUUACGUAAUUAUAUAUUUUUUUAAAACUUAUUUUCUAUUGUAUUAUAUAUAUAUUUUUUUAAUGAUUUAUCAUUAAUUUACUUUUUGUGUAAAAGCAACAGGGUUUUUAUGAAUGUUUUUAUAAAAAAUAAUUUUUAUUAUUUAAAUGUAAUAUUAAUAAUUAAAGUAUAAAUAAAAUAGUCUUUGAUUUAUUAAUUAGGAGAAAAUGUAAAUAAUAAAUUAAGCAAAUUUUUAAAUUUAAGAUUUGUACAUGAUUAUUUAAAAUAUCAGGGAUACUCUUUUUCUUAGACCAAAAAUAUGUAAUAGUGUUUUUGCUAAUUUUAAUCAAGAUGAUUGUUAAUAGAUUUUUUUGCUGAAAGUUAUUUUCAUUUUCUGCGUUUUGAAGAAAAUUAUUCGUCAUUUACAGUAGCAAAAUUAUAAAAUCGUAUACAUAUUAUACAUAUUUGUUGAUAAUUUAUGAUAAUAAAUCAAGAAGCAAGUUUUCUGAUA